UCUCUCCUCUAUUUUAUUGGUCAUUUCAACAAGUAGGUAAACAACGGCUUGACAGUGGACUCCAUCGCCACUUAGCCUCUUCACCUUUACCAUCCAUACGCGUCUCCUACAAACAUGCCGCGCAGGAACUCAUCAGAUCCAGUACCGGCCCUCCCAUGGAAGACUCGCCUCUCCAUCGCCGCCGCAUCAGCCGCCGCCGACGCCGUUCGCCGUUCCGACGGCACCCUCAACCGCCGUAUCUUCACUCUCCUCGAUUUCAGAUCACCUCCCACUCUCAAUCCCAUCAACGGCGUCAAGUCCUCCGACUUUACCGUCGACCCCAACCGCGACCUCUGGUUCCGCCUCUUCACUCCCACCAGCAACACCACUUCCCUCCCGGUCCUCAUCUUCUUCCACGGUGGCGGCUUCGCAUUCCUCUCACCCUCCUCCAAAACAUACGACGCCGUUUGCCGUCGUUUCGCACGUAGACUCCCUGCUGUUGUAAUCUCCGUGAACUACCGUCUCGCCCCCGAGCAUCGCUUCCCUUCUCCAUACGACGACGGUUUAGACGUUCUUAAAUUCCUCGACCGCGACCGCGACCGCAACCGCGACGUACAGGUACUGCCUGAGAUCGCUGACGUGUCCAAGUGUUUCUUUGCUGGUGAUAGCGCGGGCGGGAACUUGGCCCACCACCUGGCGGUUCGGGCGUGUCGGGAGAGAUUUCGGGUUGUAAACGUUGUCGGGUUGAUAUCGAUCCAGCCUUAUUUCGGGGGAGAGGAGCGGACCGAGUCGGAGAUCCGCUUAGCGAGGGCUCCGUUGGUUUCGAUGGCCCGGACGGAUUGGCUUUGGAAGGCGUUCUUGCCGGAAGGGGCUAACCGGGACCACGAGGCGGCCAACGUGAGCGGGCCGAAUGCAGUUGAUAUAUCGGGUUUGGAGUUUCCCGAUACGAUCGUGUUUGUCGGGGGAUUCGACCCGUUACAGGACUGGCAGAGGAGGUACUACAAUUGGUUGAAGAAAUCCGGUAAAGAGGCGCUGCUGAUGGAGUAUCCGAACAUGAUCCACGCAUUUUAUCUGUUUCCCGAAUUGCCGGAGUCGUCGCAGUUGAUUGGGCAAGUCAAGGACUUUAUCUGCUCUAAAAUCUAAAUGCUGCACGGCUGAUUCAUAUGACAAGCUUUAGCACUACUUUAUUUUAUUCUGCUUUUCCUAUAAUGAAGCUCUUGCAUUAUGAAUAGAACAGGUGCUUGUUGGAAUGAAUUUUAAGAUUAUUUUUGUUA